AUGUCGCAGACCGCCACCGAGACGCGUUCCGAUACGCAGCAACACAAACCUUUCGGGCCAGAUGUCUUCGAGCUCGGCCACUUGACUUCCAGUCAUGGCCGAUCGCUCGAAGAUAUUUCGCUGAAGCUGGACGGUUCUGAGGCCCAUCAGUCAAGAACAGACGACCUGGACAGUGCCCCACCGCCGUACGCUCAUGGAACCAUCGAGCGGUGGAACUCACCCAAGGGCAACGUUGGCAGGAUUGUGUUCGCUUUCUUCUCGUUUAUUAUUUCUGGCAUGAAUGAUGCGGCAGUUGGUCUCGAAACAUACUAUGACUUGAGCUACACCAUCGUCUCACUCAUCUUCCUAACGCCCUUCGCCGGCUACUCAGUUGCGGCGUUCACAAAUGCCAGAAUCCACCAGAAAUUCGGACAGCGAGGGGUUGCGAUCAUGGCUCCCCUGUGUCAUAUCGUCACCUAUGUUGUUCUCUCCCUGCAUCCUCCCUAUCCAGUCCUAGUGGUUGCCAAUAUGAUCAGCGGCUUUGGCAAUGGACUGACCGACGCUUGCUUCUGUGCUUGGAUUGGCGCCAUGGACAAGACCAACACGAUCCAGGGCUUCCUCCACGCCUCCUACUCCGUGGGUGCCCUCAUUGCCCCGCUGAUUGCUACGUCGAUGGUGGUUACUGCUAAACUUCCAUGGUACAACUAUUACUAUUUCAUGGUUGGUGCGUCUGUUCUCGAACUCGUCGGUCUUACCAUCACUUUCUGGCCAAAGACAGGUGCUAUGUACCGCGCCGAACACGCUCAUGAGAACGAGGGUCAAGGGGGUGCUGGCACCCGAAUCGCACUCAAGUCCAAGGUCACCUGGCUUUGCUCCGUGUUCUUCUUCUCAUACAUGGGCGUCGAAGUUGGCCUAGGUGGUUGGAUUGUCACUUUCAUGCUUCGCGUCCGCAAGGCGUCCGCCUAUGCAUCUGGUAUCUCUGCCACGGGCUUUUGGGCAGGACAGGCCCUGGGCCGCGCAUGCCUAGGUUUCGUAACCGAGAGAUACGGGGAGAGGCUCUGUAUCAGUAUCUAUCUCGUUAUCUGCAUUGCUCUUCAACUUCUCUUCUGGCUUGUACCCCAGUUCAUCGUCUCGGCUAUUGCUGUGGCCUUCCUUGGUUUCUUCCUGGGUCCGAUGUUCCCUGGUGCUGUUACAAUGACAGCCAAGCUUCUUCCGAAACACAUUCAUGUCAGUGCUAUUGGCUUCGCUAUGGCUAUUGGUGGCACAGGGGGGACAGUGUUCCCAUUCAUCAUUGGUGCCAUUGCGACAAGCAAGGGUGUUACGGUGCUCCAACCCAUCGUUCUAUCAUUGAUUGCGGUGGUGGCUAUCGUGUGGCUUUGCUUCCCACGUAUUCAAAAGAGAGACUAG